AUGUCGACAAAACGUAUUGAAAAAUGGGAAAUCGAUCGCUACUGGGAGAUCUUCUCGUCCCUGGUCACACCGCCAGCAACUCCAUCUUCGCACCUGACCAAUGCUGCUGCGGCGGCGGUCCUCCGCAACUCGCAUCUUCGUGAUGACCAACUUGAACGUGUGUGGGAUCUGGCGGACGUCGACGGUGACGGAGAACUUGACUUCGAAGAAUUCUGCGUCGCCAUGCGCCUCAUCUUCGACCUGGUCAAUGGCGAGUACCAGGACGUCCCCAAGAGCUUGCCAGACUGGCUCGUACCGGAGAGCAAAGCCCAUCUUGUCGCCGCAAACAGGGCACUCUCGGGUGCACCUAGCGCCCAAUUUGAACGAAUCGAAGAUGACGAAGACGACGCUGGUCUCAAAGACGGCUUCGACUGGUACAUGACCCCAGGCGACAAGAGGAAGUACGAAGAGAUAUAUAGUGCCAACAAGAAUCGUCGAGGAGAGAUCAGCUUCGAGUCUCUACACAGCCUUUACAGCAGCCUUGAUGUGCCGGACACGGAUGUGCGAAGCGCGUGGAACUUGGUCAACACGAGUGGACGGGAUACCAUCAGUAAGGAUGCGUGUCUUGCGUUCUUGCAUAUCCUCAAUUUCAGGCACGAGGGGUACAGGAUACCUAGGACGGUGCCACCGAGUUUGAGAGCGAGUUUUGAAGGGAACAAAAUUGACUAUCAGAUUGAUAGUAUGCGGAACAGACCGAAUAAGUAUGACGAAGACACAUCGACGGGGAGAAAAGCCAAGUUUGGAGAUGCGUAUCUCAGCCGGAUCGGUGGACGGGGAGGGUCGGCUUAUCAACCUAAAGGUACGGAUUUCUCGGAUGUGGUCGAGGACGAGGACCUGGAAAAGGUCAGAUUACUGCGGGAACUGCGAGAGCUGGAGAGCCAACAUGAUGCAGCCAUCGCAGCAUCGGCUAGACGGCGGAAACAACGAGAGGAGAACGGCUCAAGGCAGCCUGGUAAGACGAACUGGACGCUGGUCAAAAGGGAGGCCCAGCAGCUGCUUGAAUAUAAGCAGCGGCAGUACGUGGACCUCAACUCGGACAAAGCAAAUCAGUCUGGAAACGAUCUCAAAAGACUGAGAGACGACCUGGCCCUGGUUGCGGAGCAGAUAGCUGGACUGGAGUCACACCUGAGGAAGCGGGAAUCCGAGUUGGAUAGCAUUCGACGUGAGAUCGAGAACGAGAAAAGCAGUAGAUAG